AAGCCUGCGGCGGAGCAGCUUGCCCGGCGACCAACAGCAACAGAUAGUUCCUGGGCUGGGAGGGGCAUGGAAAUCCCCCAGGAUCCCCUCCGUCGAGGCGGCUCUCGAAGACAGAGGGAGCCUCCGCGGGGGCUGCCUGCACUUGGGCGCCCACCAAAGCGGCAAGAGGGAAGCCCCAGCCUGCGCGGCUGUAGUAGUACUAGCGGCUGCGAGUGGGCGGACGAUCUGUUGGCUCAGCUGCUCUAGCGCAGUGGGGUUCCAGGCGUCUGUGCCCUGGCCGAAGCGUCGCUCUGAAGCCCGGGACUGGGCAUGGUUCUGGGCGCCAGGCGGCACUGGGUCGGGGGGGAGGGCUCUUGGGUUGAUCCGGACCGGCGCGGAGCUUCCUCCUAUCUCCCUCCCGGGUUUCUUUCCAUGGCAUUAAAACCAGGGCUGUGAAGCCAGCCGUGUGGAUCGACCCUCCUCUUCUGUUUCUCUUGGACCGAACCAUGCGGGAUCUAGCUAUCGAGGUCGGGAUACGAGUCCUCCUCUUUGGCGUCUUCGUUUUUACAGAAUUUUUGGAUCCAUUCGAGAGAGUUAUUCAGCCAGAAGAGGUCUGGCUCUAUAAAAAUCCUUUGGUAGAAUCUGACAACAUACCUACACGCCUCAUGUUUGCAAUUUCAUUCCUGACUCCGCUGGCAGUCAUUUUUGUGGUGAAAAUCAUCCGACGGACCGACAAGACUGAAAUUAAAGAAGCUUUUUUAGCUGUUUCCUUGGCUCUUGCUUUGAAUGGAGUCUGCACAAACACUAUUAAAUUAAUAGUGGGAAGACCUCGUCCCGAUUUCUUUUACCGCUGCUUUCCAGAUGGAGAAAUGAACUCUGAAAUGCAUUGCACAGGAGAUCCAGAUGUGGUGUCAGAAGGCAGGAAAAGUUUUCCUAGCAUCCACUCUUCCUUUGCAUUUUCAGGUCUUGGCUUUACCACUUUCUACUUAGCUGGGAAGUUGCACUGUUUUACUGAUAAAGGCCGAGGAAAAAGCUGGCGGCUCUGUGCAGCAAUUCUACCUCUGUACUGUGCCAUGAUGAUAGCUCUAUCACGAAUGUGCGAUUACAAGCAUCACUGGCAAGAUGCUUUUGUUGGCGGGGUCAUUGGCCUUAUAUUUGCUUACAUUUGCUACAGACAGCACUACCCUCCACUGAGUAACCUGGCUUGUCACAAGCCCUAUGCCAGCCUUCUGGUUCAGACAUCACUGAAGAAAGAAGAAACCUCUGCAGUGGAUAAUGCUACCAGCCUGCCUCUAGAAGGGAUAACAGAAGGUCCAGUAUGACUAAUACACCUGCAGGAUGAACUUAUAGCUCUUUCAUACAUUCCGCCAAUCCAAACUGGUCUCUCUGCAUAAUAGUAUCUCUUAACAGCUGUAAGUCUGUCAUAAGCUUUUCCUUUUAUGAUUCCAUUUCUUUGCACUUGCAUUCUUUCCUCCUUGGGUUUAAUUGGUUUUUAUUUUGUAAUUUGCUGUUCCCUGCAAAAUCAGGAGUUGUUCAUAGAAAGGAUGUUUCUGAUAGAAGUAAACAUUUCAAGAAAACAAAGAUUGAAAUGAGACCUGUGAGAUUCUAUUUAUUAUUAUUAAUCAACAUUUACCUUGAACUUUUUAUGUGGUGAAUCCUUUACAAUCCAUAUCUUAUUCACAUUUGCUCCAUCCAUGUGAAGCAGGUCAUUCUUAUUCCCAUUUUAUAGAUGUGGGAUUGACAGAAUGAAGGAGAAUGACUUAUCCAAGGACACCCACUGAAACUGUUGCUAAUCUGGAAUGUGGACCAGUUUCAGGACUAACCAGUGGAUUGUAUCAGCUACCAGUGAGGUCCAUGCCUUCUUCUGAGAAGUUCUGGGUGAUCUGAACUGCCAUUGAUGUCACACCUACUUUCCUGAGAUGUGUCCAGCAGAUGGCAGAAUUGGACCCUUGGAUAUAUUUUUUUACAUCUCAUAUCUUUGUAAACAAAUACAACAAUCAUCUGUUGCCAAGUGUCUUAAUAUGUGGUGUGAAUAUUUUUUUGAGUUGCCCAUCAAGUUUUGGCAGGAUUAUUCUGAGCAGGUUGUAGCCCCACUUUGGGCACAGAAUCAGGACCCUGGAACCCUGCAAAUCCAAUUAGAGAUGCCAGAGAGCGAGAGGUAUAUUUAUUUAAGUUACAGCAGAAACAAAUAGGCCACGGAAACAAAAGCAGAAGUGAUGCUUCGUUCACAGCUCAGAGUUUUAUAGGGAUUCAAAUGCUAAUCUUCUUUACACCAUCAAUUACAUCACACUGGCAUCACAGGCUAAGCCCACUUCAGGUAAUAUAAUUUGUCCCAUGAUCACUAAGAGAUGGGUUUUUGGCACUUUGGGAUAGAGAUAUUAUUAUGAGGCUCGGGGCAAUCUUAGGCCAACAUUCCAUCCUGACAAGAAUAAGAGCCUUUUGCUGAAGGCCUUAUAACAAUGAAGUUAGCUGUAACUGGUAUCUUAUUUUCAGAUGUGUUUUCAGAAGAAGAAGCUAAUUAAUUUCUUAUCAAAUAUGCCUAAUGCCUCCACCAGGUCCUGGAAGGCACAGAGAGCUAUUCCUCCCUAUUGAAAUAUGGCUUACAAUUCGAUACAAAUAUUCCACACAUCAGGCCGCUCUAUUGACAGGCAAUGAAUACAACUUUCUUCCUGGCCAGAUGGAUUCAAAGAUGGGAGUGAGGGUUCCAGCUAUUAAAAUAAUACCAUAAUCAUUCCAUAGGGUAUUGCUUGAAGGUUGACUGGCUUCAGUAAAGCUUUUAGGAAAAUUCCAUCCUAAUACUGCUAACUUAUGGUGCUGAGUUACUACAAAAUUAAACAAACUAAUAUUGUUAAUAUCACUAAGAAAAGCAUUUUAUUUCCAAAAUGCUUCCUCAGCUAUGAUGAAAUAAUGUUUUUUAAAUAUACAGAACAUGAGGGCUAGAGAAGGCCAAGACUGCUGGCGUAAGUCAAUCCUAAGAAAGAUGUUGACAGCACAGUCAUGCAAAGCUAUUGGAAGUGUCAGCUGGCAAUAACAUAUGUGGAUAGGAUCAGUUGGACACUUUCUAUUAACACAUUAGUGUGUUUCCCCCCUUGAGAACAUGGUAGUAAUUAUUUUCAAGCUGAAUGACUCACUUGAAAAUUGCAAGCUGUGAUCCUUUAAAAAUAUUUAAAAAUUGCAAAGGGGAAAAAUACAUUUUUAUUGAGUGUGUGAAUUUGUGAGCUAUACAUUCUUAUAUAGUGGUUUCUGUAGACUUGCUGAAGCACUGGGGGUAGUUUUCCAUUCCUGCAACCUGCUCUGGAAAGCUUGACUUCCAACACCAUAUACGUAAUAACUUACUUUUAAGACCCUCGUCUGCUGCCUCAACCAUUAUGAAUCUAACACUUCCCUAAGCACAGAGUUUAGAUAGCUGUUAUACCACUACCCAUGCAAAUGUGAGGGAGUUCUUUGUUAGCAUAUAUUCUACCAAUUAUAGACCUCACUUAAAAGUCACAGAAAAGGUUCCUGGAGAAGGCUGAAUAGAUACAUUCCAUAGAAAGACAUAACCCAUGUACAGAAUUUGUCACAUAGUAAUGGAAGAUGUAUGUAAAUGGUAGGAGUCAAAAUUAAUCUUUGGUGGGUGGUCAUCUGGCCCUUGGACAAACAAGCAUCAUUUUAAGACAAAAAAAUGACAGCUCAGAUUAUGAACCUGCCUUGGCAUAUUCCAAAUGUGAAAAAAAGCAUUUCUUGAUGGAAGGACUUCAUAAUGUUAACUAGCCCAUAGACCUCUUUCCAAUGAUGAACCUCUCUGUAAAACCUCUUGCAGUUGCUGGCUAGAAUAUUGUGAGAUGACUUCAGAAGUACCAUCGUUUUCUUUCCUGACUUCUGACAUCAACAGUGCUGUGCAUGGUUACUAAUUUAGUCUUGGGAACAGUUCUUGGACACCCAAGUCCUGAAUGAAAAUAUCUCUCUGGGAACAGUUUUGGAGUUCCUGACCCAGCAAGGGAUGCAUGGGUGAAGUCCCCCAUCUUUGUGCAUGUUGUCCUUUCUGGAUUUAGAGUAACUUGUGAGUAGUUAACUCACAUUAAUAUGUGUGUGUGUGUGUGUUGGCUGCACAGCUUUUCCUUUUAAUAUUGUGGUCAAACGAAUAUUGUGGAGGAAGAUAUUCUAUGUGGCUAUCUGGCAAAAUGAGUUUUGCUUGAUCAGGCAGCUGGACUAAUGGAGUCUGCUUUGAUGAAUGCUAUCCUUUAUGGUGCUUUAGACUAGAUGAGAUUACUGGCAAAGUUACUGAUAUAACUAAUGUAGACUUGAUGGACUAUACAUUUGCCUUGAAGGCAGUCUGUGGUUCAGCAAGUUUUGUGUCUUUCUGUAGAAAAUGGUCAUUUUCUUUGUCAUAUUUUAUUUUUAAAAGUUAUGUAAAGGAAAUCUAUUAGUUGACAAUGUGUGCUAUUUUGAUAAGAAAAAAAGAAUAGAUUAGAUAUCUGAAUAAAAGAUCCAUUGAAUUACAGAAGUAUAUCCAAAAUGCUUAAUUCAUCUAUGGAACACAUAUAUUAGGAAUAAAUUACUGAAAAAUCCUGUAGAAUGUAAUGGGGCUGAGACUAUUAUUUUGGUUUGUAUCAUAUAUAUACACUUAUGGGGAGGUGAAAUAUAUCAUAGAAAUCUGGAUUUUGCACCUCUGUAUGAGUGGGAAGAAGGGACAAGUAUAAAGGGAUGCAAAACCAGCCUGGAAUCAAAAUUUGCCUUUACUGAAUAAAUAUGCAAUUAUGUAUCUUCUGCCCAUCGAGUAGCAUUUGGGUCCCCAGUUAUCAGACAGUUAUUUUGUAAGUCACUGGUGUUACUAGAGGAAUUUUCACAGUUGAUGGUGCUGUGUCUGAUGUUUUUUAAAAUAAUACAGAAUGAAUUUUAUUAAUAGAGGUGCUCUAAUUUUUUAAUUCAUAUAUCUAUGAUACAGAUCAUUUAAAAUCCAAAUAUGUGAUGUAAGCCAGCUAAAACUGUAAGAAUACUUAGGUGGCAAAAUAGUUCCAGAUUUCUUGGCUUUUUUUGAGAAUAAUACCCGAAGUCAUGAGAACAUCCGCUUAUGAACCAGAAAAAGCUCAUGUAAUCUUUGUUCCUGGAGGCAUAGCUGUUCCUCUGGUUUCAAACGUAAUGUUAGAUUUAACUGGUCUGGUUAUGAGUUUUUCCUUGGAGGCUGUCCCUUUCUCCAUUUUGCCAAUAAUGCCAACUUCCACCUCUUGUAUGCUUUUUCAGCCUGCAUAAACUGUAAAUGAAAGCGAAAAGUGGUCAUAUUAGCACAAAUACAUUUCAGCACUGGCUUUUGGAGAACUAUCAGAACUGUGAUGGAGUUUUUGGUGCUAC